GACGCCGCUCGAGUCUCCCUUGCCCAAGGAAAGGGUUCUGCGAAAGGCGCCGAGCGGCCGCCGCGCUUGGCCCCCCCGCGCCGUGAGCGCGCCCCGCGGGACCUGCGAGCUGCGGCCGGCCGCGGGCCGCGAAGGGGCCGCGGCGGCGGAUGUCAGAGCUGAAGCGGCGAGAAACGGAUUCGGGAGCCGGCGCGUAGGCCGUGGGCAGGAUCCCUUCAUCAGUGGGAGUGGGGAGGACUCCUCUGCUCCGGUUCCCGUGCUACUCCAGCCUAAAAUCCUCGGCGUGAGCUGGCCGGAGGCUGCAGGUCCGCACAGUCUCUGCCUGACCCUCCAGGAGGCGACGGGCGAGGACGCCCGGCCGCGCCGCGAGGACGCCCGGCCGCCGGCAGCCCCCGCGAUGAGCGUUGAGAAACCAGGUGGGAGGCUUUGCGAUGGGAAACGCGCUAGCCUGCCGGGAGCGCGCCAGUUCCCGGUGAUCCAGAAGAUGGUCGAGUCGAUGGCUCACCUGCAGAAGGAGAAGCUGCGGCUGCAGCAGGAGCUGCUGACUCUGCAGGAGAAGCUCUCUGCCCGGGAAAACGAAGAAAUUGCUGUGUCUGUCCAGCUGCAAGGCCAGGUUGAAAAUUUGAAGGCGAAUCUCCUGGAUCAAGCCGAGGAAAUCAGCAGACUCCGCUCGGAGCUGGGCGGCACGGACCUGGAGAAGCACCGCAACCUGCUGGCGGCGGAGAACGAGCGUUUGCGGCAGGAGAUGAAGGCCUGCGAGGGCGAGCUGCGGGCGCUGCGGCAGCAGCAGGCGCCGUGCCGGGCCUGCGAGCACGUCCAGGAGAACGGCAGGCUGCAGGAGCGGCUGGCGCAGCUGCAACGGGAGAUGGAGGAGGCGCGGGCCAAGCUCUCCGAGCUGGACCUCGAGGUGCAGCAGAAGACGAACCGGCUGGCCGAGGUGGAGCUGCGGCUGAAGGACUCGCUCGCCGAGAAAGCCCAGGAGGAGGAGCGGCUCAGCCGGCGCCUGCGCGACAGCCAGGAGACCAUCGCCAGCCUCAAGUCGCAGCCCCAGCAGGUCAAGUACAUCAUCAAAACGGUGGAGGUGGAGUCGUCCAAGGCGAAGCAGGCGCUGUGCGAGAGCCAGUCCCGAAACCAGUACCUGCAGGAGCAGGUGGGGAUGCAGAGGCAGGUGCUGAAGGAGAUGGAGCAGCAGCUGCAGAGCUCGCAGAAGACAGCCGUGCAGCUCCGUGCGCAGAUCACGAUGUACGAGGCCGAGCUGGAGCGGGCGCACGGGCAGAUGCUGGAGGAAAUGCAGGCCAUGGAGGAUGAGAAGAACCGAGCUAUCGAAGAGGCGUUUUCCCGCGCUCAAGUGGAGAUGAAGGCGGUGCACGAGAACUUGGCAGGGGUUCGGACCAACCUGCUCACGCUGCAGCCGGCGCUCCGCACCCUCACCAACGACUACAACAGCUUGAAGCGGCAGGUCCGCGACUUCCCCCUGCUCCUCCAGGAGACCCUGCGGAGCGCCAGGUCGGAGAUCGGACAAGCCAUCGAGGAGGUAAACAGCACCAACCGGGAGCUCCUGAGGAAGUACCGCAGGGAGCUGCAGCUCCGCAAGAAGUGUCACAACGAGCUGGUGCGGCUCAAAGGCAAUAUCCGUGUGUUUGGGCGAGUCCGUCCCAUAAUGAGGGAGGACGGGGAAGGCGCGGAGGCAGCCAAUGCGGUGACGUUCGACCCUGACGACGACGCUGUGCUGCACCUAAUGCACAAAGGGAAGCAGGUGUCCUUUGAGCUGGACAAGGUCUUUCCCCCGCGAGCAACCCAGGAGGACGUAUUUCAAGAGGUUCAGGCCCUGGUCACCUCCUGCAUCGACGGCUACAACGUCUGCAUAUUUGCCUACGGGCAGACGGGGGCAGGCAAAACGUACACGAUGGAGGGAACGUCUGCGAACCCAGGCAUCAACCAGCGGGCCCUGCAGCUGCUCUUCGCCGAGGUGCGGAGCAAGGCGGCCGACUGGGACUACGCCAUCACCGUCAGCGCGGCCGAGAUCUACAACGAGGCGCUCAGGGACUUGCUGGGGAAGGAACCUCAGGAGAAGCUGGAGAUCAAGCUGUGUCCGGACGGCAGCGGGCAGCUCUACGUGCCCGGGCUGACCGAGUUCAGGGUGCAGAGCGUGGAGGACAUCAACAAGGUCUUCGAGCUCGGUCACGUGAACCGGGCGACGGAGUGCACCAACCUCAACGAGCGCAGCUCCCGCUCCCACGCGCUCCUCGUCGUCACCGUCCGCGGCCUCGACCGCAGCACGGGGCUCCGCACCGCAGGGAAGCUGAACCUGGUGGACCUGGCCGGAUCGGAGCGGGUGGGAAGGUCGGGCGCGGAGGGGAGCCGGCUCCGCGAGGCGCAGUACAUCAACAAGUCGCUGUCGGCGCUGGGGGACGUGAUCUACGCCCUGCGCUCCCGGCAGGGCCACGUGCCCUUCCGCAACUCCAAGCUCACCUACCUGCUCCAGGACUCCCUCAGCGGGGACAGCAAAACCCUCAUGAUGGUGCAGGUCUCGCCGGCCGAGAAGAACAGCAGCGAGACGCUCUGCUCGCUCAAGUUCGCCGAGAGGGUCCGCUCCGUGGAGCUGGGCCCCGUGUCCCGCAAGGCCGAGCUGGUCUCCUGGCCCAGCCUGGAGCAGCUGGAGGGCGACUCGCCGGGGGCCGCGCCGCCCGCCGCCCGCGGCCACUCGUCGCCCAGCCCGGGGCCGCCCGCCGGCCGCGCCGCCGCCGCCAGCCGCAGGAAGCUCCAGAGCUCAGGGAAGCUGAGGCCGGUGCCCGUGUGAGGGAGCCGCCCGCUUGCGCCGCCUGGACGCCACUCGAGGGAGGCGACGGCUUCACCGCUCCGGCCGCCCGCGGGGAUCCGCCGGCCUCGGCCGCCCCGC